AUCAAGAAAUUGUUCGAAGCUUGCAUAGAAGAAGUUCUUGGUAUUCUCAGCAAAUCAAUUCGACAAAGUACGUAGAAAAUGUCGCUUAUUCCAAGUGUUCUGGGUGGUGGUCGACGAAACAGCAUCUUCGAUCCUUUCUCCCUAGACAUUUGGGAUCCUUUCGAAGGCUUUCCUUUCAGCACCACUCUUUCCAACAUUCCCAACACUAUUAGCGAGACCUCGGCCUUCGCCAACACGCGUGUUAAUUGGAAAGAGACACCGGUAACUCAUGUUUUCAAGGCGGAUCUUCCAGGGUUGAAGAAGGAGGAAGUGAAAGUUGAGGUUGAAGAGGGAAGAGUCCUUCAAAUCAGUGGAGAGAGGAGUAAGGAGCAAGAGGAGAAUAACGACAAGUGGCAUCGCGUGGAGAGGAGCAGCCGGAAGUUCCUUUGCAGAUUCAGGUUGCCAGAAGAUGCAAAAAUGGAUGAGGUCAAAGCUAGCAUAGAGAAUGGAGUGCUGAUUGUGACGGUUCCGAAAGAAGAGGUGAAGAAGGUUGAGGUGAAGGCCAUUGAAAUCUCUGGCUAAGUCAUUGGUCAGAACUUUUCUAAUUUACUAUGUAAUUAAGAAGCUAAUUGAUUGUUUUACUAGA